CGUUACGCCUCUCGAACUACGAUCCUCGUGUGGCUCAUUCCAGCCCUAUCCACCUCGUCCCGUGCUGAAAGAUAGCUUCCUUUCCGCCGUACAACUAAAGCUUGCCCCUCGUUCUCUCCGUGCCCCGCCACCUCGCUUCUUCCUUCGCCCAUCUCAACAUCUACAAGUCCAUCUUUUAACCAUUCCAGAGCUGGUCAGCAAUCAUGGUGGACAGUGACACGAAUUCCCCUACGUGGAAGUUCACCCAGUGCUUUGGAGACAAGGGCGACGUGGAGGACAUCACUGAAGCUGACAUCAUCUCGACGGUCGAGUUCGAUCACACGGGCAACUACCUAGCGACGGGAGACAAAGGUGGUCGGGUCGUGCUCUUCGAACGGAACGAGACGAAAAAGACAUGCGAGUACAAGUUCCACACGGAGUUUCAGUCCCACGAGCCCGAAUUCGACUACCUGAAGUCUUUGGAAAUAGAGGAAAAGAUCAACAAGAUCAAGUGGUGCCGCCGACAGAAUGCAUCCCACUACCUGCUCUCAACAAAUGACAAGACGAUCAAGUUAUGGAAGGUCUUUGAGAAGUCGCUCAAGGUCGUGGCUGAGAACAACUUAUCUGACGAUCUGACUCCCGCAAACCUCGCCGGUGGAGGAGGCGCUCCGAAACAGUCGCCUGCGCAUCGCUUUAAGAAUGCCGAGGACCUCAUUAUGCCCCGCCUCACCCACCACGACACCGUUGUCGCCGCCGUGCCCCGCCGGACUUAUGCCAAUGCCCAUGCCUACCACAUCAACAGUAUAUCAGUCAAUAGCGAUGGCGAGACAUUUAUCAGCAGCGAUGACCUCCGUAUCAACUUGUGGAACCUCAACAUUCAGGACCAGAGCUUCAACAUUGUCGACAUCAAACCGGCCAACAUGGAGGAGCUGACCGAGGUGAUAACUGCCGCCGAAUUCCACCCACUAAGCUGCAAUUGGUUCAUGUACGCCAGCUCCAAAGGCACCAUCAAGCUUGCCGAUAUGCGCCAGAGCGCUCUGUGUGACAGUCACGCAAAGCUCUUCGAACAAGAAGAAGACCCAUCUUCGAGGUCAUUCUUCUCCGAAAUCAUCUCGUCAAUCUCGGACGUUCGCUUUUCUUACGACGGCCGCUACAUUCUGUCUCGUGACUAUCUGACGGUGAAGAUUUGGGAUAUCAACAUGGAGCGCCAGCCGGUCAAGACAAUUCCCAUCCAUGAACACCUGCGUCCUCGUCUCUGCGACACGUACGAGAACGACAGUAUCUUCGACAAGUUUGAAGUUGUCUUCUCAGGAGACGCCAAGAACGUCAUGACUGGCAGCUACAACAACAACUUCAUGAUCUACCCAUCGGAUCCGGAGAAAGAAGUUGAGGUGGUGCUACAGGCCGACAAGUCUGCCUUCAAGGCCAAAAAGGUCGGCGUACCGACGCCCAUUAAUUCAUCCACCAGCCCAACCGCAACCAAUGGCGGCAAGAAGGGAGGUUCUCGUGCUGGUAGCCCUGCUGCCGGAGCUGGCGGCCAGGGCCAAAGAAUGCGCAAGGAAACUGAUGCCGACCAGAUUGAUUUCAACAAGAAGAUCCUCCACAUGAGCUGGCAUCCAUUUGAGGAUAGCAUUGCGAUUGCGGCGACGAACAACUUGUUUGUUUUUUCUGCACUAUAAAGUCGGCAAAGGGCCAAAACAAUGGAGGGCUAAGCUGUGUGGGGACGCUUAUAGGCGGCACGCAGCCAGCGCUGCAGGGCAGUCGAACAAGUGUAGAUCGUAGGCGUCGAUUUCUAACGACAAGAUGAAUUUGGUCAAUGGGACUAGCUGUGUACGAUUCACGUCACAGCUGUGGCCGAUUGCUACGAUCGCCUCAUCUCCUGCCUCUAGGACUGGAACUGGGAGGCGACGCCAGCGGCAGAAAGGAUCCUGCUGGGUGCCAGGGCCAUCAGAAAGUGCUUGGGGGGAGAGCGGAAUGAGUAAAGUGGUAGUGGAAGUCAUGAAAGAAGCACUACAGAUAGAUGGACCCGCCAACCGUAGCGCGGUGGGUGAUGCCUCCCUGAUUUCUAC